UAGAAAUAAACGCAUUCGGCCCGCUCCCUCCUCCGCAGUGAUACCUUUUCCAUCGGAGGCGCAACCGCGAAGAUGCUCGGAAAGACAAGGAAGGUUUCGGCGCGCGGCGAAGCAGUGGCGGCCAACUACGCCUUCGGCCCCGCCGAAGACGACGCAAUCAUCAAGCACAGGCUCCUCACCCGAACAACAACCACCAGAGGCGAACCACCACUGAAGAAGCUUCAGAAGAAGUUCACCUCCUUCGUCUCCGAGAUCGACAAGGACGACGACGACGAAGAAAACUACGCCGACUGCGACAAGCUCGCCAGAGCCUUCUUGCAGGAGCUAACCGCUUUCGAGAUCCCGCUUCUCAAGAGCAAGGCGGUUGUGGAUGCCAAUGUGAGGGAGCAGGAGAAUUUCAACGAGUUGAAUGAUGAGAUGAAUCGCCAGAUCUUGCAGGCGCAGGCGGAUAUUGAGGUGUUGAAGAAGCAAUUGGAAGAGAGUAAGGUCGAGAGGCGGCAUAAGGAGGAGUGCGAGGCUAUUAGGAAGUUGAUUGCUCUGCAGCCGCCGAGGGCGAAGACGAUGAAGGUUAACACGGAGCUGGAGAAAGAGAUUGCAGCAUUGGAGGCAGAGAAUACAGCUGGUUCUAGAUUGUUGGAGCUGAGGAAGAAGCAGUUUGCACUUUUGUUGCAUGUGGUGGAUGAGUUGCAAAACACGAUAGAGGAGGACCAAAAGAGUCUUGUUGAGGAAAUGAGAAUAGCAACUGAGGAGCUUAAGAAUGGGAUGGAGGACGCAAGUGGGGGGUCGGAAUCAAUGGCAAUUGACCAGUAACUAGAUUGAAUAUUUACUGUUGUAACAUCUCUUACACUAAAAUGGUGGUUUGUUUUUCUACAAUGAUUAGGAAUCAAAUGUAAAUGAAAUAUCAGUAUUAUUGUGCUAGUGCUGAGACCUUAGUAAUACUUAAAUGCAUUUUGAUUGGAAUUUUCUUUCAAAA